ACAACCGGAAGUAACAUUUGUUUAGAAAUGGCGGUCUAUGAAGUAUUUUCGCACCCGGAGUUGCGUAGAUAUCGCACUCAUAUUUGUUCUAAAGCCUCAAUUCUACUAGUGAUAAUACUUUUUCUUACAUUUAUACCUCCUCUAUUCAUUGUGUAUAGAAGCUAUGGAUUUUGGUUAAAAACUGACACAUACAGGGAAUAUCCAGAGAUUCAUUUCAAGAAUGAGUUACUUAUGGUUGCAGAGCUAGAAGGGGAUAAUAACUAUGUUACAUAUAGCACAUUCCAGGCAUAUAAUACUCUACAGCAAGACCGUGUCCGCAUUCCAGUUAUCACUUCUAGAGAGGAAGAUGUAAAUGGAGAUGGGCGACCAGACAAUUUGUUAUUCAACAUGGAGCUACCUUUGACAGAUACAGAAAACAUUCUUGGAAUUAAACUCAUUCUGAUCUUUGAUUAUAAAUUAUUUCAAUUUUCAACAUUAACUAUGGAAGGAAUGGGAUACAUCAACCAUGACAGUAUGAAAGCAGGUGCUAGGUAUGAUGUUGUAGGUGAACUUCGUUUUAACCAAAAGGAACCAUUACCACAUAGAGGAACAUAUAACAAAUAUAAUACAUCAGUAAUUGACAGCACCAGUAUACAUGCAGAAGCUUAUCAUUUUCCAACAAUUUUCAAGAACUAUGUUGCCAGGAAUUUCACCACGUAUCUCAAUGCUCCAUACACGAUGUGGAGCGGUGGACGCGGGGCGGACCAACCAUUUGUCCUGUCAGCAACAAUAGCUUACCCGGAGGAACUGUUUAACUAUACUCCUGGUUUCUGGUAUCUCAUCAAGUGGGGUUGGGUACAAUAUGUGUCGGUGUUGUUAUUGUUCCUGUUUGUAUUUGAUAGAAUAAAGGUGUUUAUAUACCAGAACCAGUUGGUCACUACAAUGGUGGACAGGCCCUGGAAAGAGGAAAUUAAGCUCAGUUAGGUUUAUCUAAUGAUAUUUUGUUUUAGACCUGUGAUAUUUAAUUGAUGCCAGAGAAAGAAUGUGAAUUUGUACCUAUCUUGUAAUGAAGUCAAAGUGUCGGUGAAUUGCAUUGUUUGUUAUAAUGUUAUGGAAAGCAAAGUGAAAGAGAUGUUGCCAUCAGUUGUUGAUAAUUUUCAGAAGUAUGAAUUUAACUAGAACCAAGAUUACAUAGACUAAGUAAUAGAUGUAAGUUUUGAUGCAUCUUGAGAGAUAAGAAAUUGACUACAUGUAAGUCAUAGAUAUGGUACAAUAUCUUUGAACAUAUCAUUACAUACAAUGAGUGGCGAUAGGUAGAACAUAGUUCAGUAGAACAUAGUUUAUAUUCUGUACUAAUAUCAAUGAGUUCUUUUGUAUUUAUUCAUAAUCCGUCCAUAAAAGGUUGAUUAAUCAUCAAUUUGAUUUGGAUUUUUUACAAUUUUACAAAACUGUAUUGUAUUAGUAUUUACAUGUGUGAAUGAUUUAUUCAUGUCUGUGAAACUUUAAAGUGAGUGUAGGAUUUGAUUGGCCGUAAAUGUUUACUAGAGAAUAAUAUUCGGCUGAAUUCAUACCUGGGCAAGGAAAUAAGAAAGUCAAUUCAUAUCAUACUGCCUUAUCCAAUGUGCGAGUUACUCAUAUUCUUUACACAAAAUUGAAAACAUAAUGUACAUGUAUGUAGUUAUUUGUAUAUUUUUGUGUAUAAAUUUGUAAUAUAUGUAGAUAUUUUUACAGCAAAAUAUAAGAAUGAUUUUUAA